UGAUGCAGGGCUGUUUAAUUGCCUUCAGAUGAAGUUUAUAGUGAUUGUUACCGUUGACGGCUCGUCUCAUCUCUGACUCACUCAGUUCUCAUGAACAAACUUGUUCUGGGAGGCGCUUGAACGGCCGCCCUCAAACUGUUGCUGUCCGAAGGGUUUGAGUCGCCGGACAGAGUCUGAUUUCAGCUCCGAACCGGUGCAGAUGCGAACGCGCUCGUGAAUGUGCCGAGAAACGGACGCGCAGGUGCGAAGAUGAUUCCUGUGAACGAGUUCCGGAACAUUACGUCCGAGCAGAACCCGCAGUUCCGGGUCCUGAAGCCCUGGUGGGACGUCCUGUCUGAGUAUCUGGGCAUCGCUAUGCUGAUGAUCGGAGUGUUUGGCUGCACGCUUCAGCUGACUCAGGACAAGAUAUCCUGCCUGCCAAACCGAUUCACGGAUCUCUCCGGCGGAGACAGAGACUGCAGUCACCUGCGGCAGAACAGGGACAACGAGAGUCUGUGGGAGUUCGCCAUCACCAAACAUCUCGGUCCAAACAUCGUGGAGGUGUUCGGCAGGAAGAACGGCCUCGACAUCCACCAGUACGAGUUUGUCAACCACUUCUGCUACGAACGGGCCGUGCACUGGUACGGCAAGUACUUCCCCUACCUGGUGGUCAUCCACAGCAUGAUCUUCAUGGUGGCCAGCAGCUUCUGGUUCAAGUUCCCGGGGACGUCGUCCAAGAUCGAGCUGUUCGUCAUCAUACUGGGGAAAUGCUUCGACUCUCCCUGGACCACGAGAGCCAUCAGCGAAGUGUACGAAGAAAGACGAGAGGAGAGAAUGGUCAUCUGGAGAAAGAAUACGAUGACCAAAUCGGCCGCGGACCGCGCAGACGCCGACGCCGACGCCGCGUCUCCGGUCCGAUCUUCCAUAAAGUCCGGCUCGGACCAGAAAUCGGCAGAACCGCAGCCGUCGCUCUUGGAUAAAAAAGAGGGCGAGCAGGCCAAGGCCCUGUUCGAGAAAGUCAAGAAGUUUCGGACACACGUCGAGGAGGCGGAUCUGCUCUACUUCAUGUACGUGCUGCAGACGGUGCUGAAAGUCUUCAAGUUCGCUCUCAUCACCGUCUACAGCAUCGUGCUGGUCCCAAACAUUCAGAUCGUGGUGAUGUGCUCGGUGCCUCCGGAUCUGACGGGCUUCAGCGCGUUCUGCUGCAACUACAAUAAAGCGCAUCUGUUCUCCAAACUGGCGUAUUGUUACAUAUGCUUCGUCGGGGUGUACGGACUGCUGUGCAUCUAUUCGCUGUACUGGCUGUUUCAUCGACCGCUCAAAGAGUACUCCUUUGAGGCGGUUCGCUUGGAGACGGGAAUAAACGACAUCCCGGAUGUCAAGAACGAUUUCGCGUUUCUCCUGCACCUCAGCGACCAGUACGACGCCCUGUACUCCAAGCGCUUCGCCGUCUUCCUGUCCGAGGUGAGCGAGGGCCGCUUACGGCAGCUGAACCUCAACCACGAGUGGACGAGCGAUAAGCUUCGGGCUCGCCUGGCGCGCAACGCCAGCGAGAGGCUGGAGCUCCACCUGUUCAUGCUGCCGGGGCUGCCGGACACCGUCUUCGAGAUUUCCGAGGUCGAAUCGCUGAAACUGGAACUGAUAAGUAACGUCACGGUCCCCGGAACCGUAACGCAGCUCACGGCCUUACAGGAGAUCGUGCUGAUCCACAGUCCGGCCAAGCUGCAGCUGGCGGCCCUCAAUCAUCUGCGCGAGAACCUGAAAGUCCUGCGUCUGGCCUUCGAGAGCCCGGACCAGGUGCCGCUGUGGAUGUACACCCUGCAGAGCCUGGAGGAGCUUCACCUGAGCGGCCCUCUGAGCGGCGAGCUCUCCCGCGCCACGUCCCUGGACACUUUACGCGAGCUGAAGAACCUGCGCGUGCUGACGUUGCGCAGCAGGCUGACCAAGAUCCCGCCCGGCGUGGUGGACGUUUCCGGUCAGCUCCUGCGGCUUUGCGUCCACAACGAGGGGACCAGGCUUCAGGUGUUCAGCAGCCUGAAGAAGCUGGUCAACCUGGCCGCGCUGGAGCUGACGGGCUGCGGCCUCGAGCGGAUCCCCAGCGCCGUCUUCAGCCUCUCCCACCUGCAGGAGCUGGACCUUCGAGAGAACCGGCUCACCACCGUCGAAGAAAUCUUGAGUCUGCAGCACUGUCGCCGUCUGACCACCCUCAAACUCUGGCACAACGGCAUCUCCUACAUCCCCGAGCACAUCAGCAAACUCCGCGCCCUGGAGACGCUGGACGGCAGCUGGAACAAGAUCCGCAGGCUUCCGCCUCGCCUCUGUUACUGCACCAAACUCCGACACCUGGACCUCUCGCACAACCAGCUGGCGUCUCUGCCCUCGGAGAUCGGCAUCCUUCAGUGUCUGCAGUUCCUCUCGGUGGCCUUCAAUUCGCUGGAGAGUCUCCCUGAGGAGCUGUUCUCCUGUAAGAGGCUGAAGGUCCUGGCGCUGGGGAAUAACAGCAUUUCCACGCUGUCCCCGCGGGUCGGGAAUCUGGCUCAGCUGGUUCGGCUGGAGCUGAAGGGAAACCGGCUGGAGUCUCUGCCCGCCGAGAUCGCCGACUGUCCCUCGCUCAAACUGGCCGCUCUGAUCGUGGAGGACAGUCUGACGGACCUUCUGCCUCCGGACGUCAAAGACAGAAUGAAGCACAGAUAAUCACAGCACUCUCACGGUCUUAUUUUUAAUAGAGUAUGCUUUGGACAAAUCGUAGCUGAUUUACUGAAUGAGAUCGAUAAUAUCAGCGCAAUAACGUAGACUGAUUACAGGAAUUAUAAUUGUCAGUUACACAAGCACAAUCCACACACGAGGUGGGUCCCGUGACGCCUGUUGCGUUUAUGGUGUGAACUUUCACCCGACAGACUUGAUAGACCAGAUCACCGUCUGAGACGGGGUGGCCGGUCCGGUUCCUGGACAGACACCUUCAGUUCCAACAACUGUCAAGUGUUCCUGAAGAUUUUAAUUAGGUGCUUCAGGUGUGUGCAGAAAGACAGAUCUCCAGGAUUGAGCACCACAGAAUUGAUUAUGAUGUUCACGUGCAGACGCAAUAUGUUAACACGCAGCAGUCGGAUUCUCCGGGUAAAUCGCAUUUUCUUCAUAGGGGAUUCAUUUUUCACAGUAACUUAGCCCCGGUAAAGACAGCUCUACUGUGAUUGAUGGUUUAUGCUUUGGUUAAAGCCAUCAGCACUUCAUAUUUUGUCAGUAAUUGUGUUUAACAGGGGAAUUCCUGAUCUACAAAUGAUUCUGCAAAGAAAUCUUCACCAAUCGGUGAAUCAUGUGAAGCAAUAGAGCCUUUUAACUCCACCCACUCCCACGAAGCACUGCGAAUGACGUAAUAGUGUCUCUACGCCCUUCGUACAUAUAUACGCUUAUUUUGCAAUAAACAAAAUACGUUGCUUAUACAUGUGUGAUAAUAUCUUGAAAUCAGUAGUUGUGUAAUAGUGUUUAAAUUGUCAUUCACAGUGGUUCAUGGGAUUGUAGUUCUUUCCCUCAUUAAAGUCAUUAAAUACACAGUUUUGAUCCUUUUUUGUACUCAUUAGUUUCAAAUCAAGGUUUGUCAUGUUGUGAUUCACCUCGUAGCUGGUUGGUUUAGUUGACGACUAGACUCUUUGAUGAAGACUUUUUAAAAAUCCCUGUGGGAAAAACUGAUGGGAGCAGCACUUCCAAACCCGAAGCCGCUGUAAAGUGAGCCGGCACUAACACACGCCGAACUGAAACUGACGUGAGAACAGAUGAGCUGAGGCCGUGUCUCUUUAACAACUGUUUCUGUAGUAUUUUUUUCUCAGUA